AGGUGACAUUUGUCGCUGCUGGUGUGUAAACUUUUCCGCAGCGCAAGGGAAUGCGAUUGGGCCUGUGGCCGUGAUAUUUGAGUGUUUUCUAUUUUCUCCGUGCGCAAAAAAACACCACGCCAGCCAGCGUUGCACAGUUUGCACUUUUCCCUCCCCAAAAACAGUGAUACAGUGUGAAAUUGCAAGCAGCGACAAUGGUUCUGACGCGAGUUAUCCGUGCCGUAGGUCGUUCGACCUUGCUCGAGACGGGUGUAGCUGGUAGCGGUGGAGGCCAGCUGCAGCUGGUACGGUUGCCGCUGCGUCGCAAGUACACUUAUCGCAGCGGUGCCCUGAAACCGAUGCCCGAGAUCACACCGUUCGGACUGUUCGGCAUUAUCGCCACCGUCAUCCCGGGGCUACUGAUUGGGGCGACCAUCAGCAAGAACAUGGCCAACUUUCUCGAGGAGAACGAUCUGUUUGUGCCGUCGGAUGACGACGAUGAUGACGAUUAAAGAGAGCGAGAGGACAAGGGAGAGGAAAAGAUCCGCAAACCACGGACCUACACAACUACACACACGUACGGGGCAGGAUGGGGAGACGGGGCAGCACAUGGGUCAGGAUCGAUAUUUUUAGAAUGCGAACAAUUCUUCAACCUGUACGUGCGGUGUAAAUAAUUCUCUAGUUCAUUUUAAUACAAGAAAUGCUGCGAUCAUCCCCUGGCCCCAGCCUGUAUCGAACCUUGUUAUAGAUAGCAGCUGUUAAACGAAGCUCCCAAUCCCUUCGCUUUCAUUCGUUUCACAGUAGUUACAGCUCUUCCCCAUUCACUGUUAAGGAUGUAGCAACCUCGAAAGGAAGAGAAGUGGCCGACACUAACACAAAACAACGCUCACCAGUGAUAUCAUCGAAAGCGGAAGGAAGACAGGAGCGGCUUCUUCCGCAUUCUUGCUCGUUUCAAUCGAAUGUUCGUAACUUUAUUGUUGUGCUUGCAGGAAUAAUUUAGGUCCACACCAUCAGAACUGUAGCGUGUUGAAUCGUUUUGAUUUUCAUUUGUACAUAAUUUGCAGUUAAGUUUUUCGUUUUAAGUUUUUUUUAAACAUACAGUUUAUGCUUUUGUUUUGCUUCGUGUCAGCAGCGAGCAAACGACGAACCAUCGCGCACGCAUCCGCCAUCGCGCAAAAUAGGCGGCUUAAUUAACGAGAAAUCAAACAAACAAA